UCCUUUCUCGAAAGUUGACGACAGGAGGACGAUUUAAAUCGCUUUCAUACAGCACCGCUUGCAGGUAACUUCAUAGCCUGGAUUAAUGUAUCUCAAUCAUAUGGUACAUAUCCCGCAUACCUGCGCACACAUUCCGCAUUCCGCACACCAGGACGGAUGCCGCGCGUGGAGGUAUCGUGCAGACAGACCACAUGCUGCCCCUUCACGGUUGCAAUGCACCUCUAACCUCCACAAUCCCGUGGCUUCGUUUUCUUUUUUUGUUUAUUUUUUUGCGGUGUAGCAUUUGUUGGUUCUUAUCAGUUCGGUAUCAUAAGUAGGUCGUGUAUGGUAGGGUAGGUUAAGAAGGGGGUUUCGGUUCCUGUCUCACUUUCAUUUCGGGUCUCUUCAUUGCAUAACAGCAAUUUGCAUAGCAAUAUACCAGUGUACCACAAUUACCAAAGGGUUGGUUCUUAUCAGGUUCGGUAUCAUAAGUAGGUCGUGCAUGGUAGGGUAGGUUGGGAAUGGGGUGUAGGUUCCUGUCUCACUUUCAUUUCGGGUCUCGUCAUUGCAUAACAGUAAUUUGCAUAGCGAUAUACCAGUAUACCACAAUUACCGAAGGGGCUACAGUAAAUUGAUAAAUCUCCUUUCAUGCAAAAAGCGUCGUGGCCAAGUUAAUGAUAAAGCAGCAUAAAACAAUCCAAGUACUUUCAGAAAGUUCCGUGCUGUGGCUUGCAGGUCCAAGCUCGACACCCUCGACGUCAUGGUGUCGCUGUCCUUAGAUUGGGGAGUGCCGGUGUUCUUCCACUUGAGCGUAGACCGGUACUUCAAGCGUCCUGGGUUCCGCACUCUACACUUCGCCGGCAACCCGUACAUGCUCGAGUGGUUCAUGGCACGCAAUGCCCUUCAGGAGAGAGGCGUCCUUCUCGCUUACUUCGACCGCUUUUCGGUCAUCCUGAACGGCUCAAGCGCGUCAAAAAGCACCGUGGAAGAGGUUCUCCAGCUGGACAACCACGUGCUCAUGACAAUGGUGCCAUCUCUGGUGGAUCCGCGACCUGACACCGACCUAGUGUACAUCGUUAUGGAGCAGCUGGACUAUAUCACGGGGCCUUACCUGUCGACUGAUGAGUGGCUGCUCGUAAGUACCAUUCCACAGAGAUUCGCGCUCGUCUGUGAGCUAACGCCGCAUAGGAAAUAUUUAUACACUCUUAAAAGUGUCCUAAACAGGCAUUUGCCCGUGGAGCUGGGUGCCCACGACGAGAUUUUCGUCAUGAACCGGCGGCUGCUGCGCCUCUUGGGUCUCCUCGUCGGCAACGUGGAAGACACCAGGAGUCUGCUUGCCUACGUCACUUGGCACGUGGCGCGCCACCUCGCGAGCGUGACGUCGUAUCCGCUGUCACGCGCCCAGUUCGCCGACGUGCCCGGCGCCGACGCGUCCACGCUGGGGUACAUGAUGGGCCGCUGCUACAUGGACGCCGACGCGGCGAUGCCGUUCGCAUUCGUGCACGUCUUCAACCGGCGCUGGCUGCCUGCAGAUUCCGUUCGCGACGCGAGGGGCGUACUGAACAGCAUCCGGGCCGUCGCCAACUCGACCAUGGCCUCGCUGUCCUGGAUGGACGCCGAGACGAAGAGCGGUGCACUCGACAAGUUGGCCACCCUGAGUGCCAUCGUGGGCAGCCUGGAGAGGGCGUCCGGGGAAGACUCCCUGCGGACCCUCUACCCGUACGUGCCCGAACUGAGCGGCUCGUACCUGAACAUGGCUCUCGCGCUGCGCUCGGCGGAGUUGCGCCAUGCGAAAAAGUUCCUGCGCGUCAACGAAUCCUCAGUGGCAGCGGCGUCCGACGAAGUUAGCGUGCCGUUGACGCUCGUCAACGCGUUCUACCUGCCCGUGUACCACGUGAUGGUCAUCCCGGCUGCCAUACUGUACCCGCCGUUCUACGUCGCGGGCUACCCGGCGUCCUACAACUAUGGCAGCCUGGGCCAUGUCGUGGGCCACGAGAUGACUCACGCGUUCGAUCCGGACCUGGGACUGUACGGCCGUGACGGCCUACGGCACAAUUGGUGGACGCCCGCCUCGCAGGAGAUGUUCGCGCGCAAACUGAGGUGCCUGCGACGCCUGUACAACGAAAUACCCUGGUCCGGAGGCGCCAACUUUGGAGAGCACGCGCUGUCUGAAAACUUCGCCGACAGCGGCGGCAUGCUCAAGGCCUACAGAGCGUACCAGGCCAGUGCCAAAGAGCGUGGAAAGGUGCCGCCGGGACUCUCUCGGUUCAGCGACGAGCAGCUGUUCUUUGUGAGCAGCUGCUUCAAGUGGUGCGCCACCGAGGAGAAGCAGAACUCCGGCCGGUACUCCCCUCCUCGCCUUCGCUGCAACGUGCCGUUGCUCAACAUGCCGGAGUUUGCCCAGGCGUUUGAGUGCGGCGCGGGCAAGGCCAUGAACCCAGCUACUCACUGCGACACAAUGUGAUUAUGCGCAACUAGAGUAUAGACAUGGCGACAUGGCAAAAGAGUUGUUUCCAUUCGCAGAGACUGUUGUGGCGUUCACGUGACUGUCAAUAAUUCGUUCACACACGUACUUGGAAAUUUCUCUUUUAAGAGCUUUUGUUAUUCGUGCACAUUGUAAGUGUAGAUUAUUGCGACUGAAUAAUGGGCACGUGUUGAAAAGUGCGGUGUACCUUGUGCUGGCCAGGGCCUUUUUA